AUGGCGCCUCCCAAACCCGAGACCGGGUUCACGAUGAAGCGUAAGAAGACGCCGUUUCAGAAGCACCAGGAGGAGGAGGAGCUGAAGCGGAAGCGCGACGCGGAGGAGGCGGCGCGUUUGUUCGACGAGUUCGCGGAAUCGUUCGAAGCGGACGAGAAGAAGCCGCGAAUGAACUUCGUGAGCGCGGGGGUGCAGGGCGCGGGGUCGAGGCCGGGGGAGGAUCCGGCGGACGAUCGCGUGGGAAAGGCGUACGUCCCUUCGUACGUCCCGCCCGGGAUGCACGCGAGCUUCGGAGGCGUCAAGGAGGAGGAGAAACCGAUCGCGACGGAGGAAGCGAUCGCGUUGCCACCGCCCGCGCGCGCGAGCGGGUUGAAACCGAGGGCGAUCGACUCGCUGAUGGAGGAGAUGAUGGCGAAGCAAGAGGCGAGAGACAAGGCGAAGCGCGAGGGCCGGGUCGAAGACGCGAUCGAGCGCGCGCCGUACUCGCAGUCUGCCCACGACGAGCAGUCGACGAACAUCCACGUUCGCAAUCUCCCUCUGGACUUCAACGAGAACGUCCUCCUCCGGCGGUUCGAACGCUUCGGCCCGAUCGGGAGCGUGAAGAUUUACUGGCCGAGACCGGAGGACUUACGGUACGUGAAAGCCCUGAGCGGCUUCGUCGCGUUCAUGACGCACGCGGACGCGGCGAGGGCGAUCGAAGAGACGGACGGCGUCGUCGUCGGCGGGAACGAUCUCCGCGUCGGCUGGGGGAAAGCCGUGAAGCUGCCGCUCGUGCCGAUCUGGCCGCCUCCGGGGAUGAACGACGCGCACGAGCGCGAGGAAGACGCGCGCGCGGAGCCGGCGAUCCCGCCCCCGCCCCCGCCCGCGCCGGCGCCGUACCCUCGAGCGCCGACGCCCCCGCCCGGCGCGCCGCAGGUUAUCGUGACGUAUCCGUCGGACGCCAAGACGACGCACGCGAUCGACACGCUCGCGCGGUACGUCGCGGACAAAGAGAAGGGAAUCGCGUUCGAGCAGGCGGUGGUGGUGCGAGAGCGGCACAACCCCGCGUUCUACUUCUUGUUCAACCCCGAGUGCGCGGAGCACGCGUAUUACAGGUGGAGGGUGCACUCGUUGAGUCACGGGUUCUCGCUGAGCGAUUGGAACACGACGCCGUUUUAUAUGCACCCCGGGCAGCCGCGGUGGGUGCCUCCGGACCCUGCGAAACGGCCGACGCCGUUGAAACCUGACCCGCCCGCGGCGCCGACGGUGAACAACACUCAACAACAACGACAACCGAAUCAACCGAGCACGAGCGGCCGCGAUUCCGCGCCCGCCGCCGCGAACGACGUCCAGGUCGCGAAAGCGCCGGCGAAGGAAGAGAAAGAGACGACGAAACCGGGGAAGUUGACCGAUGGAGAGACGGAGACGUUCACGGUGCUUCUGCAGGCGUUGACGUUAGAGCGCGGGGACAUCGAGGAAGGGAUGGCGUUCGCGCUCGACCACGCGGAAGCCGCGUGUGACGUCGUGGACAUCCUCGCGGAGGCGCUGACGUUGAGCGAGACCCCGGUCGCGAUGAAAGUCGCGCGACUGUUCCUCGUGUCCGAUAUUCUUCACAACUGCGGAGCGCCGAUAAAAAACGCGUCCGCGUACCGAGUCGCGUUCCAAGAGAAGCUGCCGCACAUAUUCGAGAGCUUGGAGGAGACGCACCGAGACGUGAGCAGUCGAAUCACGCGAGAGGCGUUCAAAAAGCGCGUGCUCGCGGUGUUGUCCGCGUGGUCGGACUGGUUUUUGUUCGCGGAUGAGUUUUUGCGAGGGUUAGAGUCCGUGUUCGUUCGCGGCGGGCUCUCCUCGGAGCCGACGCUGUCGUACGCGGAGACGAGGAAGCUGCGAGCGGAGAUCGACGCGAUGGAUCCCACCGAGCGCGAGCGAGCGUGUCGCGCGCGCGGGCUCGUCUCGGACGGCGGACCCGAGAAGUGCGCGGAGCGUCUGGUCGUCCUGGAGACGUACCUUCGAAGCGAAGCGAGCAAGUAG